AAAUCAUCAACUUCAUCAACUUGUCAAGCUUGACCCUUUUCACCUGUGGCGUUGGUCCAGUCAUGGACUCAUGGCACUCCUGGAAGAUGCCACGGAUGCCUCCCUAAUGGGUACGCCCAUACGCCUAUAUGCCUUGCACCCACCUCCACCCGGACGCCGCAUGAUCAUCCGAACCAAAAAUCUUAGAUAGGUUUGACCCUUGGCAUGGAACAUUGCUUCAGCACCCAGCAACCACUGGUGUAAUGGCCCCAGGUGAAGAUCAUGGCGCUCUCCCGCGUCCCUGGAUCUACCCUCCAUCAGGUGGCCCUCCUUUGCAUUCUUCAGAAGGCUGAUAGGUCGGUUGUCUAGCAUCAUGCACUACUUGACCAUCUCCCUCACCUUUUAUGGCCCCUCGCCUCCAUGCGCAAUGCCUUGACGACCACCGAUCAAACCAAUAUCUCGUGAGCAAAAGAAUUGAUACAGUACAAAGGCGGCAUCCACACAGACUUCAUCCGCACUAUCGGAUCUUUCCUUCCGUUCAAUCAAUUUCCUCGAUGCCAGAAUCUUCGCAGCACACCCUUUCAGAUCUAUUCCAAGGCUGCCAGAGUCUCAACCGAAGUACGAUGCGUCAAUCUGGUGCCUUUAAAGCGCCCAAGAAGCCUCGUCAACAAAGUCAACUCAGUGCACCCUCUCGUACACUCCGGGCGACUCAUUGAUCUUGCCAUACGCAUCAAGGCCGUCCUUGUCAUUCCUUCUCAGGUGUUCAAAGGUCGGUGUAUUUCAUCAACUGUCUGCCCACAAAGGCACCCAACUGAUGAGCCUUCGACUUCAGAGCGGGAGCUGAUAUCAGCCAAGGGGCUAGAACUCCGGUUUACCCGUCGACGGCGACACCUACUCAACAAGAUCAUGGAACUUGCGAUUGGCCCUCCUUCCAGGAUGACAGCAGGUCUUCCACUCCAGCACCCGCUGGUGGUAACGUUCAGCUCAGCCAACAAAGAUAAAGAGGGAAAUGCAGAGGCGCUGAGACUGCAAGACUUGACUGGGGUUUGGGCAUUCGUGUCCCUGACAAACCCAGACAUGGAGCAAAAUCUGGCACCUCCGCGCAUUGAUCUCUUGCGUGGUCAAACGGCCGACUCGAUUCACCCCAUACAACAGCGACAAGAAGGAGAUGAUACUCCCGUUGCAUACGCCACGUUUGCAGGCCUCAUCAUCACCGAGCCUGGUAAAUACCGGCUGAGAAUCAAUCUCAUUGACAUGAAUGCGUUAGGAGAGUCACUGGGUGAUGAACGACCAAGUGCUGACCUGUGCAGUCCUCUACUGGAAGACCAAGGAAGUGGCGCUGGAAAGGUGUUGCGAGUUUUACAUUCGCCGACGGUGGAUGUCGUCGAGGACGGCCAACGCCAACACGUUUUUGACGAAGCGGAACUCAACAAUGCGAAGAGUCGACUACGAUCCAUCGGUGUCGACUGCUGACAAUUCGAGUGGCGAGUGAAGCAGGCAGCCCGGCAUCAGGAUGUAGAUCGAACAAACGGAAUGGGACUGGUAGUGAAGAUUAAGUUGCCAAGUAAGGGUACAACAAUAUUGAGCUUCAAGGCCCUUUACGCGUGUGACGCGGUAGUUCAGAUGUCAAGACGUGCCAACAAUGUCAGAAUACGUCCAAGAUCAUCCUUGAGUACGUCUAGCAUCCCAAGCUGUUCGACACGGUAAGGGUCUUGGAACCAGUUGAAGAAGCAGGGACUGUUGGAAAAUGUUGCUAGGAUUUGAGAAUUAAGUAAGACCUUGAGGAAGCACGACGCAUUCCAGGGUCUUAUUGAGCGGGGCUGUUGAAGCAAAACUCGAAGCAGCAAUCAUAUUGCGAGAUGAAGUUGAAAUUGUGUCUAGAUAUGACGAUUUGAGAGCAGCUGGCUCGGCGUCGCCGAUCAUGGAAAUUGAACAUGUGUUUGCGAGUUUGAGUCUCUCGGUAGCCGGAAACAACGGCUGCCGACAGGUUGACUGGUGGAGAAGAGAACUAACGUUUAUGUAGGUAUGUACAUCUAGCACCAUUUAGGUAGCCCUGCUGUCGUGGUAGCUACCUACCUAGCCAUAUGUAGGUAGGUACCUUGUCAGGAACGGCUGG